UCUGCAGAUGUCAGGAAGAGAGUAUUUACAACAUUGACAACAUCGUCAUCCCCAUGUCCCUAGCUGCCACUACCAAGGUGGAGAAACUUCACUACAAAGACAUUAUAACACCCAGCUGGAGAGUGGUUGAUAACCCACCCCUGGAAGAGAGAGAGAGACAGGAAGAGGAGGAGGAAGAGGAGCUGCUGUGUGACGAGACCUUUUCCCAGAGGCAUCUGGGGUGUGAAAAGAGAGAGAAACUCCGCUGGACCUCCUGGGAUAAGAGCAGAUGCUACAGAUGCACCACCAGAUCUGGCAGUAGGAACGAUGGACCAGGUGUUUCUGUAUGGGACCCUGUCAGGGAUGACAUCAGAGGUGACAUCAGCACUCACGUGGACUGGAGCUGCAGUCUGGACACGGACACAGACGGAGCCUUAGAGGAGUGGGUGGUAAGAAAGGAUAUUCACUGUCUAGCCCUUACCAGCCUAACGUCUGGAUCCUGGUUCAGCUCUUCGUUACAUUCUGAGUAUGACGUCUUGGUAUUACAUUUAUUAACCCUGCUGCAGGGUGUUCAUUUUGAAAAUGUGGCGCUGGAAAUUUCACCAGCAACAUAUUAAUUUACCAGACAUUUGGGAAAUUUACUGGAACGAUAUGCAUCGGGAGCAUAACCUGAUUAGGGCGUCCACCCACAGCGCUCAGAAUGAACAAGUUAAAAAGGUAUGAAUCUGAUGCAACAGAUCAGAACGUUUAGCUUAAAAUGUUGUUAAACUAAUAGGCCUAUUUCUUCACAUUAUAUGCGCAGAAAUGCGCACAAGGCCGUAGUCUACUCGCAAAUGUUAGUUUCAUAAUAGGCCUACAGUUAGUGGGAAAACACCGUUGUCAAAGUGACAGAUUAAACAUUUAGAAAGAGGAGAAAAAUUAAAGAUGCAACAACUAUCGGUUGCUAAUAUGACUAGGAGUGUGUCUUAUGCUAAAAAGCAUAUUUCUUUUGCCAGUGCCAAUUUGAAUGAUUGGCUUUGCUAUUUUUGGGCCAAAGUCCGGAUAUUACCGGGUGACGAAACCCUGUCCGGCUGGUAGGGCCAUUCCAAUCAAUAACCUAUUAACUUUAAUGCAGAGAUGCUAGCAGAAACAAUGCUAUUUUUUGUUAUACACAAGUAUGUUAAUUAUCAAGCUGAAUUAGAGCUUUUACUUCGAAGUAUGACUCACUAAGACUGAACAACAGUUUCUGAUUAGGUGAGAUAUAAAUAUUGAUAUUUCAUGUAAGAGGUUAGGCCAUUAGUGGUGACCAUGAAACAUUCCUGAGAUAAAAACCUAUCAGAUUUCUGCAGUGUUUAGGGUAGUGGACUGGUUGAGGAGUUCUUGAGCCUACACAGAUGCACUGUGGGUGAUUAGACAUGGCUGAUUGGAGUGGGUUCUGAUUGGACUAAAGUCUUAACAGGACAGCACAGGCAUUUGCAGCACAGUCGAUUUUGCUGCCGACUAACUGACCCCCAUUAACAAUCGGUUAAAUUAGUUCCAAACAGUAAAAUGACGUAACCUAGUAAAAAUACUAUGCAUGCGUAUUCAUGGGUUGCAUGUUUCGUCACAAUAUUGUUUUGAACGUUUGUUUUGUACCGAUGCCCAUCUGAGCUUUCUUCUUAAAGCAGCGCCAAUGAGCUCUGAUGAAGAUUUCUUCAAAAGUGCAUAACAGGGUGUGGUGGCUUCCUUUCCUCUUUACCAUAGCCCUGCCCUAGCCUGAAAGUGGGGUUGUUUCGUACGCAUACAGUCCACAUUCAAGGUUUCCAAAUGGCCAAAACAUUCAAUGAGAUCCAGGGAUAUGGUGCAACAAAAAGGUUUAUUCUUAUGUCUAACAAAUGAUUCUCCAAUCAACUUAAAGCAUAGAUUAAUUGACAUGGAAAAUACAUAAUAUGACCUGUUUGUAUGUCUGUAUGGUCAAAAGACUAUACCUCUCCCGCGUCUAGCUAGCACUCGUCCCCCCGAAGGCCCAACUUCCUGCCUUUAUCCUAACACACUUACCACGGUACAAUGAAUGGGCAAGAGGGGGGGCCAAAAACAAACAACAAAUGAAUACAUCUCAAUCAGGUAAAUAUAAAUCAUAAACGGAUGUACCUAAUAGUUCUUCAUAUACAUUCUUAUUUAUUAUAUUUACACAAACGUACAUGGAGCUCUGUAUGUUCUGUCUUUUCUACAAAUAUGUCCAAAUCGGCUCUAACACAGUGGCUUGGAAAUACAAUCCUCAAAAGGAGCCAAAUAUUUACUAUCAAAACCUUUUGUCAUCAUUUUGAUGUUGCCAGAUUGACUUUAGAUGCAGUAUAAUGUUAGCUAAGAUUGAGGGGAGGUCACCGGAUUUUAGCUAGCUAAUGUUUUUGACUUACUUCACUAGAAAAUGACAACAUUGCCAUCUGUCUAAAGGCCAUUUGACGUCAUGAUAAUGCUGGCAAAAUGGUUUCCUACUACAAAUUAAACUAUUUUAGCAAUGUCAUCGUAUUUCCAGGCAUUACAGUGUAAUUUAGACUAAACAGUCGUUAGCCUCUGUCCAGGAAUUAUGUACAGAUCUCAAACAUGCUCAAUGUCUGAGUAUUCAGGCCAUGGAAGAACUGGGACA